CGGCGUCAAAAAAGUUGCCCGAGCGCCGCUUUCGCAGCAAAACCAACCCGGGAAGAGGCAGAGCGAAGGCUCCGGCGCGCCCGGCGAUCCCUCCUGCCUCCCACCCAGCGCCGCCGAGGAGUGCCACCGCUCGGGCUGCGCGCCACCGGGCCGGGCCAGAGGAAGCCAGAGCAGGGGUGGGGUGUUCCUCGGGGGCGCGAUUCUCGGAUAGGACAUUGGCCGGGGAUCCCUCGACUCGACUCGACUCGCCGGGGUUUCCCCCCCCCUCCGGUUGCCCCCCCCAUUUUUCAACGGCGACUUUUCUACCAGCUUUAAGACGCCAGAUGUCCGCUCCCCCCGUCGAGGCUGCUACGCCCUAAGCCCUUCAAGAAGAAGAAGAGGAGGAAGCAGAGAAAGAGAGAGAAAGAAAGAGAGAGAGAGAGAGAGAGAGAGAGAGAAAGAGGAAAAGAAAGGCCAUCGCUGCCCGUGGGACUCGCCUCUGCUCCUCUGCCCCCCAGCCCCUCCCCCCGUCGGGGAUUUUUUUGCCAUUUUCCCUCCGCCCCCUCCCAACUUUAGCAUGAUGUCUUAUCUCAAGCAACCACCUUACGCCGUCAACGGGCUCAGCCUCACGACCUCCGGGAUGGAUUUGCUCCACCCCUCCGUGGGGUACCCGGCCACCCCUCGCAAGCAGCGGAGGGAACGCACCACCUUCACCCGGGCCCAGCUGGACGUCUUGGAGGCCCUCUUCGCCAAGACCCGCUACCCGGACAUCUUCAUGCGCGAGGAGGUGGCUCUGAAAAUCAACCUCCCGGAGUCCAGAGUGCAGGUGUGGUUCAAAAACCGCCGGGCCAAGUGCCGUCAGCAGCAGCAGCAGCAGCAGAACGGUGGCCAGAACAAAGUGAGGCCUGCCAAGAAGAAAACCUCUCCUGCUCGAGAAGUGAGCUCUGAGAGCGGGACCAGCGGUCAGUUCACCCCGCCGUCCAGCACCUCGGUCCCGACCAUUUCCAGCACCAGUGCUCCUGUGUCCAUCUGGAGUCCGGCCUCCAUCUCCCCGCUCUCGGACCCCCUAUCGACAUCGUCGUCUUGCAUGCAGAGGUCCUAUCCGAUGACCUACACUCAAGCUUCGGGCUACAGCCAAGGAUAUGCCGGUUCGACCUCCUAUUUUGCAGGGAUGGACUGUGGAUCUUACCUCACCCCUAUGCACCACCAGCUCCCAGGGCCGGGGGCCACCCUCAGCCCCAUGGGCACCAACGCCGCCGCCGUAGCCGGCCAUCUCAACCAAUCUCCUGCUUCCCUUUCCACCCAGGGCUACGGAGCCUCCAGUCUGGGGUUUAACUCAGCUACUGAUUGCUUGGAUUAUAAGGACCAAACCACAUCCUGGAAACUGAACUUCAACACUGACUGCUUGGAUUAUAAAGACCAGACCUCCUCCUGGAAGUUCCAGGUUUUGUGAAGACCUCUUAAGGACCCGUUUGCGACCAUAAGACCAUGACAACAGUACCUGCAAUGGUGAAAAGACCCGUGAGGACGAGUGACUUUGAGAGAGACGCGAGAUCGAAGAAACACCCGUGGAGGGCCAAACGUUUCAGGGUGUAGUCAGGUCUUCAGCUUAAAUUAAAGAGGGACACAGACCGGACACAAUAAACUGAAGGAGAAGGAAAGACAGUAGGCAGCAUCUGUCCCUGCCCCCCCCCCCCCACUUUCAAGUCUUGCUCAGAAGCUCUGGAAAGGAAGAUGGAAGGAAAGUCGCCUAACGUGGGCAGACAGCCGAUUCGCAGAAAAUGCUCUGUUCUUUCUAGUUUUAGCCAGUCGUCGGGUUCUUUGUCUAGAAUGGAAUGGAAGAUUGUUCCAACCAAGGGCCAGGUUGUGUUGGGUGGGGGUGGGAUUGGUUUCUUUUCUUUACUUUUAAAGGAAAUAUCUAGAUUUUCCCCCCUUUCUUUUCUUUCUUUUGUGUGCAUAUGGAAAGGAUCCUCCCAUCCCUCCCCAUUUCCAGUUUGUCACUCUCGGUUAAAGAUGUUUUUUAGUGGACAAAGUCUGUCUCCCUCUGUCUCUCUCUGCCUCUCUCUCAGCUCUUCCCAAUGCUUCAGGGCCAAGAUUUGGCAAUGUUGACCGCAAAGGUAAAAGGAAAAAAAAAACAUUUUAAAAAACUCAGUUCAGAGCUGUAAUGGGUUUGUGGGACUGAUUGUCUUAGAUGCACUACUUUAUUUAAGAGGAAAGAAAAAAAACCCCAAUAAUGUCCAUAAGGAGUCAAUAUGUAGUUUUUAAGAGACAAUCAGUGUGUGUCUUAUAUAAAUGGUACAUCUGUGUUUUUUAAAAUCUGUGCUAGACUUAAAAAACUGUGAUCUUCUGUAUCGUAUGCAACUAUGAAUCCUGGGCCAGCGGGGGGAUUCUGCUGUGAUUUUAAAUAGGUUAUAAUUAACAGUGAAAUUUGAGCAACUGAGUCACACAUCACAAUCUCUCUCUGUCUCUCCCCUCCCCUCAAAUUGCCUUUCACCGGAGGCAAACUGCACUGAAAAAUAACCCCAACUUUUCACAACAAACUGUCUCUGAAUGAAUGAGCCGCCAAGACAAACAACAAAAAACGAAUUAAAACUAGCCCAUUUUAAAAAAAAUGACAGGAGGACCUGGAAAUUCAUCUGUAAAAUUCGUCUUACUGUUGGGAAAUCUAACAGUAAGGAGGGGGGGGGGGGAUAUUUAAGACUUUGGUCAAUUGCUCUGACCUUGAAUUUCCUAAAGGAGAAAAUCCUUGUUGUUUUGAAUGCUUGCAGACGUGAAAUGGAAGGAAAAAAAGAGAUAUAUAUGCAUAAACCUUUUCUUUUCCGGAUUUGGCAGAUAUGUAUAAUUAUAUUAAAAUGGUUCUAGCACAA